AUGAACGAUCUGUAUGCGUUUGAAAUGUCCUGUAAAACAUUUCGUCAUGUUGCUGAAGAAGUUUGGGCGUCAAUAACGCAUACAUGCCUUGAUAAGGAUCUAGCUGCCAUCACCAGACUCUUUCCAUCAACAUAUUCCACGACUAUGUGUCGUUUUUGUCUGCCGCCCGAUAACCUCUGGGCACACAAUCGCCACGAAUUGGAUGUUCUGUUCCCGAAAACAUGUCUUCGAGCCGCUUAUCCAGACUUAGCCUUCCUCAUACGCAAAUGCACUGCACUCGAAUCGAUCUCUUGUUUAUGUCCUCCAUUCAAAUCGUAUCGUGUAACUGCAGGCCGCAGCUUCUUUCGAUUCAUUUCAACGGGUACAUUCGACUAUGUUUCACGGUUAGAUCUCACAAUGACACGCUUUGAACUGGCCGAUUUGGAGCUGUGUCAGCAUAGUUUUUCGUAUCUGAGAGAACUUUGCGUUGAUAAAUGCUGCAUAUAUGUUUAUCGACGUGAAGUGCUGUUGACGAAACCAGAGAAGGAACUGAAAAGUGUAUUGGCGAAUUUCAAUCAACGUAGACGCAAGAUUCCGCUUGGUGCAAAACUUUUUAUAGCCACAGUCGCCGAAAUAUUCUCGGACUUGAAUCGUCUGUCGUCACGUAACACCGAAUAUCGCAGUAACGGAUGCAUCACGUAUUCGUACGGUGAAGAUGAUUCAGAAGCAGUUUAUGAGCUGUUGCCGAGGCAACGACGUCGAAGUUAUUGUGCUGUAUUGUUGAAGAAAGCCGUACAACAGUUCCACAACCGUAGACAAAGUGAAAGUCUUCAAUAG